CCAACGGCUUCAAAGUGCAUUUAGUGUACGAAGGUAGGCUCUUUGUGAAAUCGAUUCUCACAUUUAAAUGGCUCGAAAACGCUGACGUUUUCAAUGCCUAGGCCAAUCAUAUACGCAACGCAUGCUUUAGGACAAACAUUCUGUACUGGAUGAUAACGUUCUUGACAACCUUGCUUCUGAAGAACGAGAAUUUUUCACGGAUACUGGCAACUGCGUCUUCGAUUGCCGAAUGGUCUCUUGGUGUACGCCAGGCAGCAUCAGCUCAGCAGACAAGUGAAUGCAGUGAGGAACUUCUGUGCGCCUGAAUCUCCAUAAAUAUCGUGUUGCUAAGAUUCGUGCAAUACGCAUUCGUGCAACGGCCGUGGACAAACGCGAAUCAUCGAACAUGAAGCUACUCUCCACUUUUGUUGGGAUUCUCUUCUUAGUGAAUGACUUGUGUCCCAUCCUAUCUGCAAAUAACGGAAACAAAGGGACCUCGGGAUUGACACUGACGAUUCUGCAUACCAACGACAUACACUCGCACAUCGAGCAAAGCACAAAAUACGGUGGAGUAUGUUCCGAGGAAGACAUGAAUAAGAGCAAAUGCGUCGGAGGUGUCGCCAGGAUCACUGCCAAAGUUAAAGAACUGAAAGAACAAUAUCCCAAGGCACUAUUUAUGAAUGCUGGAGAUUUCUAUCAAGGAACUGCAUGGUACACCAUAUUAAAGGACAAAAUAGUUUCAGCAGUUAUGGCAGCAAUGGGAUACGACUACGUGUGUCUAGGGAAUCAUGAGUUUGACGAUGGACCAAAAGGGCUUGCACCAUUCUUGAUAGCUAUGAAAGACGCUAACGUUACUGUGGUAAACACCAAUGCUAACUUCUCGGAUGAGGAUGCACUGAAAAAUAUCAGCCUGCCAAAAUCUGUCACCAUCGAUAUCAAUGGCACAAACGUUGGAAUUGUUGGAGCAGUGCUUCACGAAACAGAGGUACUUUCAAAUCCAGGAAAUGUGACGUUCGAAAACGAUUUAGAGAGCAUUCGGAAGGAAGCAAAACGGCUCCACGAAAACGGCACAAAUAUUAUAAUCGCUAUCACUCACUGUGGCUAUCCUCGCGAAUUGGAAAUCGCGGCGAAAGUGCCCGAGGUUGAUAUUAUCGUAGGAGGCCACACGAACACAUUUUUGUAUCACGGAGAAGGAUAUCCUGACGAAAACCCUCCCGAGGGAGACUACCCAACAGUUGUGAAUAGAACAGGGAAUGGCUCUGCUCUAAUUGUCCAAGAUUUCUGGUUCGGAAAGUUUCUCGGAUUUUUGCAGGUUACAUUUGAUGCAGCCGGAAAUGCAGUAAACUGGAGCGGAAACCCAAUUCUUCUGAACGCAUCUGAGAAGGAAGACGAACACAUGUUAAAUAUUACCAACAAAUACAAGCCAAACGUCACCGCUGCGAUGCAAGAACGCAUCGGCUACACGAAAGUUUUGCUGGAGCAAGCUAACCACACCUGUCGCCUGCGCGAGUGCAACCUGGGCAACCUGAUGACGGACGCGUACUUCGCUUACUACGCCGACAAGAACAGCUCCAGCCCCGAGCUGUGGUCUGACGUGAACGCGGCCGUGCUCAACGGGGGAACCAUCAGGGCACCGAUUGAGCAAGGAAAUAUUACUUUUGGAGACGUGCUGCAGACAGCACCGUUCGGCCAAACCCUUCUUGUCGUAACCUUAUACGGCUACCAGUUGAAACAAAUGUUCGAACACUCUGUUGGAAACUACAGCUACGAGAAGAGAAAAGGAGAAUUUCUUCAAGUCUCCGGAAUACAUGUUGCGUACAACUUAUGCUCACCGCCAAACAAUCGAGUCUUAUCGCUUGACAUACUCUGCACAAACUGUACGGUACCUGUCUAUCAGCCAGUCGAAGAAUGCGCCAUUUACAAAAUCGUCACAACGGAUUUUGUGGUCAGAGGUGGAGACGGAUUUCAGAAGGCGACGAACGCUACUGAUUCAGGUCCAGUGGAUUUUGAAGUUCUUAAAGAUUACAUCAAGAAAAUGUCUCCAAUAAAGACCCCUGUAGAAGGUCGUAUCAAAAUAUACGGGAAUGUAACCACGAGUAAUGCGACAAUCCCGAAGACCCGCUGAGUGUCGAUUGUGACGCGCCCGACAUGGUGAUGAGGGUGCAGCGAAAAGGAACAACAGACGUGUCACUCGUCCUCGUGUAUAAACCA